AUGGAGUCUGCAGUAGUACAUGAGAGGACUGAGGGCAGGGAGAAGCCAGGUUUCUCGUUUGGCCAUGGGGUGGACCAUUUGGGAGCCAGGUGCUGCACUGGGACUGACCCUGUAGGGAACAGCUGUGGAGGAACCAGGCUGAGUUCAGGGUUUCGAAAAAAUGAUGAAAUGAAAGCUAUGGAUGUUUUGCCAAUUUUAAAGGAAAAAGUUGCGUACCUUUCAGGCGGCAGAGAUAAGCGUGGAGGUCCCAUUCUAACAUUUCCCGCCCGCAGCAAUCAUGAUAGAAUACGACAGGAGGACCUCCGGAGACUCAUUUCGUAUCUAGCCUCUAUCCCCAGUGAAGAAGUCUGCAAGCGAGGAUUCACAGUGAUCGUGGACAUGCGCGGGUCCAAGUGGGACUCCAUUAAGCCUCUGCUGAAGAUACUGCAGGAGUCCUUUCCCGGCUGCAUUCACGUUGCUCUGAUAAUCAAGCCGGACAACUUCUGGCAGAAGCAGAGGACUAAUUUUGGCAGUUCUAAAUUUGAAUUUGAGACAAAUAUGGUCUCUUUAGAAGGCCUUACCAAAGUAGUUGAUCCUUCUCAGCUAACUCCCGAGUUUGAUGGCUGCUUGGAAUACAACCAUGAAGAAUGGAUUGAAAUCAGAGUUGCUUUUGAAGACUACAUUAGCAAUGCAACCCACAUGCUCUCUCGGCUGGAGGAACUUCAGGACAUUCUCGCUAAGAAGGAGUUGCCUCAGGAUUUAGAGGGGGCUCGGAAUAUGAUUGAGGAACAUUCCCAGCUGAAGAAGAAGGUGAUUAAGGCCCCCAUAGAGGACUUGGAUUUAGAGGGACAGAAGCUGCUCCAGAGGAUUCAGAGCAGUGACAGCUUUCCCAAAAAGAACUCGGGGUCGGGCAAUGCGGACCUGCAGAGCCUCAUACCCAAGGUGUCUGCCAUGCUGGACAGACUGCACUCGACACGGCAGCACCUGCACCAGAUGUGGCAUGUGCGGAAACUGAAGCUGGACCAGUGCUUCCAGCUGCGGCUGUUUGAGCAGGACGCCGAGAAGAUGUUUGACUGGAUCACACACAACAAGGGCCUGUUUCUGAACAGCUACACUGAGAUUGGAACCAGCCAUCCACAUGCAAUGGAGCUUCAGACGCAGCACAACCACUUCGCCAUGAAUUGUAUGAAUGUGUAUGUAAACAUAAACCGCAUCAUGUCAGUGGCAAAUCGCUUGGUGGAAUCGGGCCACUAUGCGUCCCAGCAGAUCAAGCAGAUUGCAAAUCAGCUGGAGCAGGAGUGGAAGGCGUUUGCGGCAGCCCUGGAUGAGCGGAGCACCUUGCUGGACAUGUCCUCCAUUUUCCACCAGAAGGCUGAGAAGUAUAUGAGCAAUGUGGACUCGUGGUGUAAAGCCUGUGGGGAGGUGGACCUUCCCUCGGAGCUGCAGGAUCUGGAGGACGCCAUUCACCACCACCAGGGAAUAUAUGAGCACAUCACCCUUGCUUAUUCCGAGGUGAGCCAGGACGGGAAGUCACUCCUUGACAAGCUGCAGCGGCCCUUGACUCCUGGCAGCUCCGACUCCCUCACGGCCUCUGCCAACUACUCCAAGGCCGUGCACCAUGUGCUGGAUGUCAUCCACGAGGUGCUGCACCACCAGCGGCAGCUGGAGAAUAUCUGGCAGCACCGCAAGGUCCGGCUGCACCAGCGGCUGCAGCUGUGUGUCUUCCAGCAGGAUGUCCAGCAGGUGCUGGACUGGAUUGAGAACCAUGGAGAAGCAUUUCUGAGCAAACAUACGGGUGUGGGGAAAUCUCUUCAUCGAGCCAGAGCUUUGCAGAAACGUCAUGAAGAUUUUGAAGAAGUAGCACAGAACACAUAUACCAAUGCAGAUAAAUUACUGGAAGCGGCAGAACAGCUGGCUCAGACUGGGGAAUGUGACCCGGAGGAGAUUUAUCAGGCUGCUCAUCAGCUUGAAGAUCGGAUACAAGAUUUUGUUCGACGUGUCGAGCAACGGAAGAUCCUGCUGGACAUGUCAGUGUCAUUUCACACCCAUGUGAAAGAGCUGUGGACGUGGCUGGAGGAGCUGCAGAAGGAGCUGCUGGAUGACGUGUACGCCGAGUCGGUGGAGGCCGUGCAGGACCUCAUCAAGCGCUUUGGUCAACAGCAGCAGACGACACUGCAGGUCACAGUCAACGUGAUCAAGGAGGGGGAGGACCUCAUCCAGCAGCUGAGGGACUCCGCGAUCUCCAGCAACAAGACCCCCCACAACAGCUCCAUCAGUCACAUCGAGACGGUGCUGCAGCAGCUGGACGAGGCCCAGGCCCAGAUGGAGGAGCUCUUCCAGGAGCGCAAGAUCAAGCUGGAGCUCUUCCUGCAGCUGCGCAUAUUCGAGCGAGAUGCCAUUGAUAUCAUCUCAGACCUUGAGUCUUGGAACGAUGAACUUUCACAGCAAAUGAAUGACUUCGACACAGAAGAUCUCACUAUAGCAGAACAGCGCCUCCAGCACCACGCAGACAAGGCUUUGACCAUGAAUAAUCUGACCUUUGAUGUCAUCCACCAAGGGCAAGACCUUCUGCAGUAUGUCAACGAAGUGCAGGCCUCUGGUGUGGAGCUGCUUUGCGAUAGAGAUGUAGACAUGGCAACUCGGGUCCAGGACUUGCUGGAGUUUCUUCAUGAAAAGCAGCAGGAGCUGGAUUUAGCCGCAGAACAGCAUCGGAAGCACCUGGAGCAGUGUGUGCAACUCCGCCAUCUGCAGGCAGAAGUGAAGCAGGUGCUGGGCUGGAUCCGCAAUGGAGAGUCGAUGUUGAAUGCCGGGCUCAUCACAGCCAGCUCGUUGCAAGAGGCAGAGCAGCUCCAGCGAGAGCACGAGCAGUUCCAGCAUGCCAUUGAGAAAACCCAUCAGAGUGCCCUGCAGGUGCAGCAGAAGGCAGAAGCCAUGCUGCAGGCCAACCACUAUGACACAGACAUGAUCAGGGACUGUGCUGAGAAGGUGGCCUCUCACUGGCAGCAGCUCAUGCUCAAGAUGGAAGACCGCCUCAAGCUUGUGAACGCAUCCGUAGCCUUCUACAAAACCUCUGAGCAGGUCUGCAGUGUCCUCGAGAGCCUGGAGCAGGAGUACAAGAGAGAAGAGGACUGGUGUGGGGGAGCUGACAAACUGGGCCCCAAUUCUGAGACAGACCAUGUCACCCCCAUGAUCAGCAAGCAUUUGGAACAAAAGGAAGCAUUCCUGAAGGCUUGCACACUUGCUAGAAGAAACGCAGAUGUCUUCCUGAAGUACCUGCAUAGGAAUAGUGUGAACAUGCCGGGAAUGGUGACACAUAUCAAAGCCCCUGAACAACAAGUAAAAAACAUCUUGAAUGAACUCUUCCAGCGGGAGAACAGGGUAUUGCAUUAUUGGACCAUGAGAAAGAGACGGCUGGACCAGUGCCAGCAGUACGUGGUCUUUGAACGAAGUGCCAAGCAGGCUCUGGAGUGGAUCCAUGACAAUGGGGAGUUCUACCUGUCCACGCACACCUCCACGGGCUCAAGCGUGCAGCACACCCAGGAGCUGCUGAAGGAGCACGAGGAGUUCCAGAUCACUGCAAAGCAAACCAAAGAGAGAGUGAAGCUAUUGAUACAGCUGGCUGAUGGCUUUUGUGAAAAGGGGCAUGCCCAUGCGGCAGAGAUUAAAAAAUGUGUUACUGCAGUGGAUAAGAGGUACAGAGAUUUCUCUCUGCGGAUGGAGAAGUACAGGACCUCUUUGGAGAAAGCCCUGGGGAUUUCUUCAGAUUCCAACAAAUCGAGUAAAAGUCUUCAGCUCGAUAUAAUUCCAGCCAGUAUCCCUGGGUCAGAGGUGAAACUCCGUGAUGCUGCGCAUGAACUUAACGAAGAAAAGCGGAAAUCUGCCCGCAGGAAAGAGUUCAUAAUGGCUGAACUCAUUCAAACCGAAAAGGCUUAUGUGAGAGAUCUCCGGGAGUGUAUGGAUACCUACCUGUGGGAAAUGACCAGUGGUGUGGAGGAGAUCCCACCUGGUAUUGUAAACAAAGAGCUCAUUAUCUUCGGGAACAUGCAGGAAAUAUAUGAAUUUCAUAAUAACAUAUUCCUAAAAGAGCUGGAAAAAUAUGAACAGUUGCCAGAGGAUGUUGGACAUUGCUUUGUGACUUGGGCAGACAAAUUUCAGAUGUAUGUCACAUACUGCAAAAAUAAGCCUGAUUCUACUCAGCUGAUACUGGAGCACGCAGGGUCCUAUUUUGAUGAGAUACAACAGCGGCACGGAUUAGCCAAUUCCAUUUCUUCCUACCUUAUUAAACCAGUUCAGCGAAUAACAAAGUAUCAACUCCUUUUGAAAGAGCUCCUCACAUGCUGUGAGGAGGGGAAGGGGGAGAUUAAGGACGGCCUAGAGGUGAUGCUCAGCGUGCCGAAGCGAGCCAACGACGCCAUGCACCUCAGCAUGCUGGAAGGAUUUGAUGAAAAUAUUGAGUCUCAGGGAGAGCUCAUCCUGCAGGAAUCCUUCCAAGUGUGGGACCCAAAAACCUUAAUUCGAAAGGGUCGAGAGCGGCAUCUCUUCCUUUUUGAAAUGUCCUUAGUAUUUAGUAAAGAAGUGAAAGAUUCCAGUGGGAGAAGCAAGUACCUUUAUAAAAGCAAAUUGUUUACCUCAGAGUUGGGUGUCACAGAACAUGUUGAAGGAGAUGCUUGCAAAUUUGCACUGUGGGUAGGGAGGACGCCAACUUCCGAUAACAAAAUUGUCCUUAAGGCUUCCAGCAUAGAAAACAAGCAGGACUGGAUAAAGCACAUCCGUGAGGUGAUUCAGGAACGGACCAUCCAUCUCAAAGGAGCCCUGAAGGAGCCCAUUCACAUUCCCAAAACCACUCCUGCAACAAGACAGAAGGGAAGGAGGGAUGGAGAGGAUCUGGAUAGCCAAGGCGAUGGCAGCAGCCAGCCUGAUACAAUUUCUAUUGCCUCCCGGACGUCUCAGAACACACUGGACAGCGAUAAGCUUUCUGGUGGCUGCGAGCUGACCGUGGUGAUCCACGACUUCACCGCAUGCAACAGCACUGAACUGACCAUCCGCCGGGGCCAGACCGUGGAGGUUUUGGAGCGGCCCCAUGACAAGCCUGACUGGUGUCUGGUGCGGACCACCGACCGGUCCCCAGCCGCGGAGGGCCUGGUUCCCUGCGGCUCCCUGUGCAUUGCCCACUCGAGAAGUAGCAUGGAGAUGGAGGGCAUCUUCAACCACAAAGGCCUCUUUACUGCAUUAGGAGCUGAAGUGGAAAGGAGGAUUGCACCUGUUACUCAGAAAUAA